AUGUUGUUUCCAAGCAACACUAUCUUGGGGGUUUUCGUCAUAUCUGAGUUUUGUGUGGGAGUCUUAGGGAACUCAUUGCUCCUCAUGCUGUAUAUAUUCAACUUCUGGGUCAAAGCUCGCUUUAACAGACAGAUCGAUCCCAUUUUCAUGCACCUGAUGAUAGUCAAUAUGUUGACAAUCAUAUUUGCUAUGAUACCAUAUAUCACAUCAUCCUUUGGAGUGCCUAGUUUUCUGCAUGAUGCUGGCUGUAAGGCCUUUGUGUAUAUCUAUAGAGUCUCCCGGGCUAUGUCCAUCUCUAGCACUUCUAUUCUAAGCACAUUCCAGGCCAUCACCAUCACUCCCAGUAAUUCUAAGUGGGCGUGGCUUAAGCCUAAACUCUCUAAGUGGACUUUUUGCACCUUCCUGUUUUCCUGGUUCAUCAACAUGGUCAUAUAUGUGCACCUGAUUGAGAAUGUAAUAGCAAAAACUAAUUACACUGGUGUUAAUUAUGGAUAUUCUCAUGUUUACUGUGAAAGUAGUCCAGUUGAGUACCCCAAUCCAGGAUUUUUCCUCGGCGUUAUCAUAACAAGAGACCUUGUCCUUCUGGUCAUCAUGAUGUGGACCAGCCUCUCCAUGGUGACCCUCCUCUACAGGCAUCACAAGAGAGCCCAGCAUCUCCGCAACCCAAGACUCUCCUCUCAGAAGUCUCCAGAACACAAAGCCACUCACACAAUCCUGUUGCUUGUAAACUGCUUUGUGUUCUUUUAUUUGUUGAACAACUUAAUCACCCUUUAUGAUAGGUUUUAUACACGUGGAAGAACAGGAAAUCUGGGGGCAAUUAUCACAAUUGUGGCAUCAUUUUACCCUACUCUCUGCCCAUUUUUACUAAUGAACAGUAAUAAAAUGUAUUUCUUCCCUUCCUAUAUUCAAAGAGCCAUUGGUGACUGA